AUGCUGAGCAGCGUCUGGAACAAGUUUGUGCCUGGUGGUAGAAGCCGUCAAACGCAUGAAGCGCAACAGACUGCUCUCGAAAUACGUGGCGAUUCCUUGUCAACGGCCCCCAAUGCGGAGGUGAGAGGGGAGAAUGCCGGCGCAAGUGUCAGCCCAGCGCCAAAACCAUUUGCGGAUCACCUCUGCAACUGCGCGGCUGCCGGCUGCAAAUCCGUGGAUUCCGUGUGCAUAUGCUCGGUCCAACAACCGGUUUGUACGUGUCUUGUCAGCGGAAAUGAUUGUGCAUCGGACAACUGCGGCUGUAUUGGGUUACGGCAUGGGCACAGUUGCGCUAACUGCAGUUGCGUUUGCUCCAACAGGGAGCCAAAUGGUGCAAAUGUGAAGAUAGAUCAUUCUGACGCAGAUGGUUCAAUGGCCGAUUAUGGGGCCCAACAGUGUAGCGGGCAGCAGCAGAGUCCAACUGAAGUCCACAGUGGGCCGCAAGCUCAUCGGAGUAAAGCGGACAGGGCAGACAUAAUCAGCCGCUCAGCGGGCAGUGACUGUCUGCCAGCGCCUCAUUCGAGCUCCUGUGACAUGAACCCACUUCAGGAUCAUCAAAAGACAGCAUCACAUGAAGGAAAUACCCAGCAUCAACAGCACUGGUCGGCUUCAUCCUCUCCUCUUCCUGUAGAGAAGGGGUCAGCAAUGUCGAACCGGAGUGAUUCCGGACAUCCCGAGGGGUGGGAACAUAUACGCAGCGAUGAUAUACAAGCAGCAUGCAUGCGCAACGAGGAGGCUAUGCAGACAGGAAACGCCUAUGGGGAUGAGCCACGCCGCGAAACGGUUACACCGGGGGAGCAGGAUUGGAGAACCAACAAAGCAUCCGGCAGCAUCGCAGGUUGGAAUUCACCCCCCCCCGAAUUCGAGUUUGUCGCUGACGGUCCUUGGUGUGAUGUGAGUCGACUGCUACGGCUUUCCAGCAGACAGCAACCACGAGGAUGGGAAUGGGCAUGCUCGGGUCUCGCCUCUGCCUUACUGAGGGAUAGAAGCAACAGUAACAACCAUGCUGAAGCGGUCGCUGCACUUGGCGAAGCAGACGACGCGGGGGAAGACGCUGCAGUUGCUGCGGCUAGUGAGAGAACUGGUCGUCAGGGUUGUCCUGUAGUGCGGUUGCUUCGUUCGGCUAUGUACUCCACCAUGUUUUCCGGGUCAGAAUUCAUUCGUCGUCAUGGCACUCUGGGUAAGGCCACCGCAGGAACGGAAGCAAAUAGUGCUUCUGAGUCACCACAAGCAAACCCCACUGGCUGGGGCGGACGAUGGCAGCUCACUCCAUUCGAUUAUCCUCGAGAUAGCUUCACUAGCUGCUCUAGCAGCGACAGCAGGAGGGGAAGCGCCCCGGUACCUCCUGUUGCAUUAUCAGUUGAGGAUGGAGAAUCUUCAAGCGGAUCACAGGGAAGCAGUUUCGAGUCGCAUUCUCAGCUGCUGCAUGGGAGUGCUGGCGGCUCUGAUGCUGUGAGGCCCCGCUCACCCGUGGGAAGCCCUUCACUCGCAGCCAGUAGCGGUACGCAGCGGGGAACACUAGCUGCUGACGAGGGAAAUGCAACGGUCUAUCCCGACUCUGCACAUGUAGCAUCUGAGGCGCAGCAGCACAUAGAAACUCAAUGCCGGAAAAAGUUGAAGAAAAAUGACAUGCGGCUGAAUAUUCUCAUUACUGCCUUGCCGGGGGUGGAUACAGACGUGUUCUGCCGACAGAUGUUCGCGGAGUGGCAAGAAGUCAGUCGUCAACGUGUCUCUUGCGGGGAGGAGUUUGUCUUCCGCUCUCCGUUUGUUGUUCCGUUCGUCGAGGUUCCCGUCAUUGCGGCUACUAGCUUUGCUUCUGCUCUUCCUUAUUGUGAGCUUCGCCUAUUGGAAGAAUGGACACGAGAUGCAGUUCUGCAGCAAGAGGCGACAGAACGAAGGGUCCACAUUUGUCUUUUUCUCAUCCCUCACCUCGCCCUACCUCUAUCCACAGGAGUUUUGGCUUUGUUGAAACGCCUCCGGGCCGUGGCCUGCAUGCUUCCCCUGUUGAUUGUGCAACAGACCACAUCUAACGAGCAAAUUUUGCGCGACGCGGUUCACCUUCCACUUGUACUACAGCUGCCUUUGAAUGGCACAAAUUGCGGUACAGAUUCGCGAUGCACGUGCGGGGAGGGAAUUGGCGGCUUCAGCGAGGGAGUCACAACCCCUUUGUCACUGCGCGGUAUGCUCGUGGAAGCAUCGGCAGUGCUGCUGCGCCAGCGCGCUGAAUAUGGAUGCUUCCUGCCAUUUCUUUUCCAGCAACAGAUGCUCCCAAACCGAACCAACAAGCUGCGCGGUUUGCAGCAGUGGGAAGACGAAGAGAAGCAGCAAAGAGAACAACAGCAGCACGUCGAAGCUCUUGUGGAUCUUCGUCAAGUUCAGAUUGACACUCAUCCCAACACAGAGACAGCAAUGCACAUGCAGAGACAGCUUGACGGACUAAGGAAGCAGCUGCGCAAAAUGCAGCAGCAGCUCCUCCACCUGCAGGAGAGAAGGUUUUUACAGGAGCUGCUGAGGGAGGAAGCAGCGGCGGCGCGGCCCUACCCCAGCCCCCACGGAAGAGUGUUGCUACAAAACAGCGACGCGGAACCUGGUGAGAGGGAGGAGCUCCUUUCGCAAGUGGCUCAAACUGGCCUCGUAUUGGCCCUGAUGCUAGGUGUUGGCGCACUCCUUUUCAACAGUAUGAAACGUGGCAGCUGCUGA